AUGACGUCGCUCAUAGUAGCUAGCCUGGCUGUACUAGGUGCUCUUUAUAUGUGGCGUGUCAACUCUGCUAUGAAAGUAGUCCCCGAAGAGGCACGGAAACUAUCACCUCAUCGUUGGACAGUCGAAGAAAUCAAAGCAGCUUACAAAAAGAGCCUAGAAAACCCUAUCGAUGUGACUAAGAGCCUGCCACCAAAACAAUCCCGACGAUAUGUGAUCGUAGGCGGAACUGGCCUAGUUGGUGCUUGGAUAGUCUCACAUCUUCUCGCACGGGGCGAAGACCACAAGGCAAUUCGCAUUCUAGACCUAAUAUCUCCAGAGCAGGACAUCCUCAACAAAGGCGUGGGCUGGAUCAAAACCGAUAUCACCGACGAGCUCGCAGUAACAACAGCAUUCGAAGAGCCAUGGGCUGCCAAUGUCACCAACCUUGCCCUAACAGUCUACCACACCGCAGCCAUAAUCCGACCACAGGACCGACUCAAGAGCUUCCUACCACUUAGCAGCAAAGUCAACAUCGACGGCACACAGAAUGUCCUGAACGCCGCAAGAGCCGCCGGCGCCACAGCCUUCAUCUGGACAUCCUCAGGCUCCGUGGCCCUGCACCGACCAACCUUCUGGAUCGCGCCGUGGGCGACCCAGCCUAAGCGCGUAGUCCAAGUAAUCGGCGACAGCACCAAACUGCCCGGAUCUCACUACCAAUUCUUCAGCAACUACGCCGUAACCAAAACCGAAGCAGAGAGCCUCGUCCGCGCAGCAGAUAACCCAGCAACAAACUUCCGCACCGGCUGCAUCCGCCCCACGAACGGUGUCUAUGGCACAGGCGGCCAAGCCAACAAUGUCAUCACGGGACUUUACCUCCGCAACGGUGGCAGUCCGACCUGGGCUCGCCCAAUCCUGCAGAGUUUUGUGCACGCUGAAAACGUCUCGAUCGCACACCUCUUGUACGAACAGCGUCUGAUCCAGCAGAGCGAGCCUGGUUCGCAGCUCCCAAAUACAGGCGGCCAGGCGUUCACCGUUAGCGACCCCAACCCGGCGAUUGCAUUUAAUGAUUUGUACACGCUACUCACGACGUUGUCCAAAACGCCGCUUUCAUUCCCGGAGGUGCAGCCCUUGCCGUUGUUGGUGAUGGCGUAUUUUAUUGAGAUGUAUACUUUCUUGCAGUUUAGAUAUCUCUCUUGGUUGCCGAGGUUGUCAGGGGAUAUUGGGCAACUUCAGCCGUCGCUGUUUUCCAUUAUCAAUGUUCAUGUGUUUGCUGAUGAUUCGCGCGCGAAGCUGGCACCUGAGAUGGGUGGGUUAGGGUAUAACCCGCCUCUAAACACACUCGAAGGUCUGUGUCGGCGCCUUGUGGAUUGGAAUACGAAGGCCGAAAGAGAGGGGGUUGAGGUCAUGGGGAAGAAGAUACGGUUGGGCCCUGUGCAGGUUUCGGGAGAUGGUGUCAAUGUGGUCGCCCCGGUGUUGUGA